AUGCUUUCCUUCCAAGGGUUAGCGGAGUUGGCCCAUCGUGAGUAUCAGGCAGGAGACUUUGAAGCAGCAGAGAGACACUGCAUGCAGCUUUGGAGACAAGAGCCUGAUAAUACCGGUGUGCUUUUGUUACUGUCGUCCAUUCACUUCCAGUGUCGCAGAUUGGACAGGUCUGCUCACUUCAGCACUUUGGCUAUUAAACAGAAUCCACUGUUGGCCGAAGCCUACUCGAAUCUAGGCAAUGUGUACAAGGAACGUGGACAGCUACAGGAAGCAAUUGAACAUUAUAGACACGCACUGCGCCUCAAACCAGAUUUCAUUGACGGAUAUAUUAAUCUGGCUGCUGCGCUGGUAGCUGCUGGUGAUAUGGAAGGGGCAGUACAGGCAUAUGUGUCUGCCCUUCAGUACAACCCUGACUUGUACUGUGUUCGUAGUGACCUGGGGAACCUGCUCAAAGCCCUGGGUCGCUUGGAAGAAGCCAAGGCCUGUUACUUAAAAGCAAUUGAGACUCAACCAAACUUUGCAGUGGCUUGGAGUAAUCUUGGCUGUGUUUUCAAUGCCCAAGGAGAAAUUUGGCUUGCAAUUCAUCACUUUGAAAAGGCUGUAACACUUGACCCAAAUUUUUUGGAUGCUUACAUCAAUCUGGGAAAUGUCCUGAAGGAGGCAAGGAUAUUUGACAGAGCUGUAGCAGCUUACCUACGAGCCUUGAGUUUGAGUCCAAAUCACGCAGUUGUGCAUGGCAACCUUGCCUGUGUGUAUUAUGAGCAAGGACUAAUAGACCUAGCAAUAGACACCUACAGGAGGGCUAUUGAACUACAACCCCACUUCCCUGACGCCUAUUGUAACUUGGCCAACGCCUUGAAGGAGAAAGGAAGUGUGGUAGAAGCAGAAGAAUGCUACAACACAGCUCUUCGACUUUGUCCCACUCAUGCAGAUUCUCUCAACAAUCUAGCAAACAUCAAACGGGAACAGGGGAAUAUUGAGGAAGCUGUCCGUCUUUAUAGGAAGGCUCUUGAGGUGUUUCCAGAGUUUGCUGCUGCGCAUUCAAAUUUAGCAAGUGUUCUGCAACAGCAAGGAAAGCUACAGGAAGCUCUGAUGCAUUACAAAGAGGCUAUUAGAAUCAGCCCCACAUUUGCAGAUGCGUAUUCUAAUAUGGGAAAUACUUUGAAGGAGAUGCAGGAUGUUCAAGGAGCUCUACAGUGCUACACCCGUGCCAUUCAGAUAAACCCAGCUUUUGCUGAUGCCCACAGUAACCUGGCCUCUAUUCACAAGGAUUCAGGGAAUAUACCGGAAGCCAUUGCCUCUUACCGCACUGCUCUGAAACUGAAACCUGAUUUCCCAGAUGCCUACUGCAACUUGGCCCACUGUUUGCAGAUUGUCUGUGACUGGACAGACUAUGAUGAAAGAAUGAAGAAGCUGGUUAGCAUUGUAGCUGAUCAGCUGGAGAAAAACAGACUACCUUCUGUCCAUCCACAUCACAGCAUGCUGUAUCCCCUUUCUCACAGUUUUAGGAAGGCUAUUGCUGAGAGACAUGGAAAUCUAUGUUUGGACAAGAUUAAUGUUCUUCACAAGCCACCGUAUGAGCAUCCCAAAGAUCUGAAGGCCAGUGAAGGUCGACUUCGUAUUGGCUAUGUGAGCUCUGAUUUUGGAAACCAUCCAACCUCACACCUCAUGCAGUCAAUCCCAGGCAUGCAUAACCCAGACAAAUUUGAGGUAUUCUGUUAUGCCCUGAGUCCUGAUGAUGGUACAAACUUCCGUGUAAAAGUGAUGGCUGAAGCAAAUCAUUUCAUUGACUUGUCUCAGAUACCAUGUAAUGGAAAAGCAGCAGACCGCAUCCAUCAGGAUGGGAUACACAUUCUCAUUAAUAUGAAUGGUUACACCAAAGGAGCCCGAAAUGAAUUAUUUGCCCUGAGACCAGCACCUAUUCAGGCAAUGUGGCUAGGGUAUCCUGGAACCAGCGGAGCACUGUUCAUGGAUUAUAUCAUCACAGAUAAAGAAACUUCCCCAGUUGAGGUGGCUGAGCAGUAUUCAGAGAAAUUAGCUUAUAUGCCAAAUACUUUCUUUAUUGGAGACCACGCCAACAUGUUCCCCCAUCUGAAGAAAAAAGCAGUCAUUGAUUUCAAGUCCAACGGUCACAUUUAUGAUAACAGAAUUGUUUUGAACGGCAUUGACUUGAAGGCUUUCCUUGACAGCCUCCCUGAUGUCAAGAUUGUUAAGAUGAAGUGUCCUGACAGUUGUGACAAUGCAGAUGGCAAUGCUGCCCUCAGUAUGCCAGUCAUUCCUAUGAACACAAUUGCAGAAGCUGUGAUUGAGAUGAUUAAUCGUGGGCAAAUUCAGAUAACUAUCAAUGGAUUCAACAUCAGUAAUGGAUUAGCAACUACUCAG